AUCGGCUGAGUCGUACCGAUCGCCGUACGCCUUCGUAUAUUUGAAAGUGUUCAGUUAGGAAAAGUGGUGUGGCAACAAACCACGGCGUCCCUUGGAAGGACGAAAGACGCACAGUUUUAAGUUUCAUUCUAGAAGCUUCCUCCGCGAGCCAAAUUCAAGUUUACAAGCAUCAAGUUGAAAAACGCCGAGAGCCCGGAGAGUCAACUUUCUAGCGGCAUUACGCUGUGGGAUAAGGCUGGAAAUGGAGGCAUUCAAUCGAGCUACAAAUACUUACAUUGACUCCUGGAUGGGACCAAGAGAUCCCAGGGUCAGAGGCUGGUUCCUUCUUGAUAACUAUUUCCCAACCUUUAUCCUUUCAUGUUUCUACUUCUUCGUUGUCUGGAUCGGCCCAAAGUACAUGCACAAUAGGCAGGCCUUUUCUUGCAGGACUCUUCUUGUACUGUACAACCUGGGAUUGACGCUGCUCUCCCUCUACAUGUUCAUUGAGCUCGUCACGGGAGUGUGGCAGGGCGGCUACAAUUUCUUCUGCCAGGACACUCACAGCGGUGGAGAAGCUGACAUGAAGAUUAUCCGAGUCCUUUGGUGGUAUUACUUCUCCAAGCUUAUUGAAUUCAUGGAUACGUUCUUUUUUAUCUUGCGUAAGAACAACCACCAGAUCACCAUCCUGCACACCUACCAUCAUGGGACCAUGCUGAACAUCUGGUGGUUUGUCAUGAACUGGGUGCCCUGUGGACACUCUUACUUUGGCGCGACGCUCAACAGCUUCAUCCACGUCCUGAUGUACUCCUACUAUGGACUCUCGGCUGUUCCUGCAAUGCGGCCCUACUUGUGGUGGAAGAAGUACAUCACCCAGGGCCAGCUGGUCCAGUUUGUCCUGACGGUCAUCCAGACGUCGUGCGCGGUCCUCUGGCCCUGCGGAUUCCCGAUGGGGUGGCUCUAUUUCCAGAUCUGCUACAUGCUCUCUCUGAUCGUCCUCUUCUCCAACUUCUAUAUUAAGACCUACAAGAAGAAGGACGCCUCACGGUGGAAGGAGCAUCAGAAUGGAUCGUCACUCUCGAUGAACGGGCACACAAAUGGCAACGUAAAGCCGAACAAAGCGAGGAUCGAUUGACUCAAACCCGGCAGACGUCGCUAGCAGAUGAAGAAAAUCCUUUUAGAUUUCUACUGAAACCGCUUCCUAAUCGCCUCUGUGUUCCUCUCCGUGGGUCUUCCUAAAACGCCCCUCGUACCUCCUGUCACUAAACACGUGUGGACCACUCGCUCAAAGCCUACUAGAAGCUCCCGCCUUCGCACACCAGUUACUUGUGCCAUCUUAGUCAUAGGCGCGUAUGCCACUUGCUCACCCGCUCACUUGGACGUCCUCUCUCUUUUGGGGCGCAGUGCGGUUUCCCUUCAUUUGUAAAUGUCGUGCCGCAGACGGUGGGUGCGGGUGGCAUUCACAUAGGCGUGCGGCUCUUUGUCACUGGCACCCAUUACAGAUUGGUGAAGACCCUGCAGUCUGUCCUUGUCACCAUGUGCAGCACGGCCUUCGUGUCGCUUGAUGGCUGACGACGGUUCGAGUGCUGAAGGCUGGACGAUGGCGGCCAUUGGGUGUCUUUUGUCGCUUGUUUGGCUUUGUGACGUUCGCCCUCGGGGUACUUUGGCAAUGCCCAGCGUGGAGCUGAACGGGUUUGUGACUUUGACCUCUGCCUGUGACGUAGCAGUGCAGACGCCGAAAAAGCCAGAAGUCACAGUCAGAAAAGAGUGAUGGCGUCGCCAGGCCGGCUUUGGGCCUUAGCAAGUGUGCAGGGAGCUGGUUAGCCUGGCACUGCCCCGAUUAAGUGUGCCCUCAUGGAGUUUGUCAGCAUUGGGAGUUUGUGAGGUGUCGGCUCGCCCCCCCCAAAUCUGACUGGACGCCUGUCCCACUGUCUGUGAUGCCACGUUUGCAGAAGGAGCUGCCCGUGUGUCGUGUUGCUCCCAAAUUUGGCGCUGCUGCUUCUUUCUGGGUACUCGUCGGUGUUUUGGUUUUUCUUCCUCGUUGCUGCCCCCAUCGUUCUUCCUCGUCCCCUUACUGCUUUCAUGUCACUCGAGGUCUGCGUUGGACGCGCCGUUUCUCGACUUGGAGCAAUACAAGCUGAAGAGGGGCGCCAUGUUGGUUUUACACAACACCAGGGGUUCAGGUCGACGCCAAGCACAUUGGCCCUGGCCUGGGUGCCCUCCAGCCUGCCGCAGUUUGUCUGAGUUGCCCGCCCAUCAGUACGGUUGCCGUUCCUGACACGCCCGUCGAAGCCAUUUGGCACUUUGCGUUGACCGUCCUGUCCACCCCCCCCCCGAAGCGCACGCCGUCUCCGUUCACAUAUCCGAUGUGCCUUAAUGCUGCGUCGAGGUGCUGAACUCUGCGGGCACUGUGCCAACGUUAUGCCGUCUCGACAUCUGAACAGCAAGCCAUUCGUCGUCCUCCGUUCGUUUAACCAUCCAGUUUGUCUCGUCGAGUCGCAGAUUACUGACACCAAACCUCAAAGCCUAACCAGGGAUUUUCGGUGAACGUUCGCUCGCUCGCUCGUCUGUCCCACCUGUGAAAGUACUUGAAUAAAGAAUUGAAUUUGCUCUGA